AUGGGAGGAAAGCUGAGAUCUCGUGUGCCAAAUCUCCCCAGCGCUCUCCUAUCCCCGCCCCCCGACUCGUCAUGUCCGUCCCGACUCGCGCGGCCAUCCGACAUCGCCACCUGCGGAGCUCGCGGCCGCCCGACGGACGUUGUCAUCGGCACGCAGGACGACGGCGACAUACUUGAUGAGCGGGACGAGCGUGAGCGUCCAGGAGACGAAGGAGAGCGCGCUAAAGAUCUUGAUCUUGUUGGUCUACGAGUAAAUAAUGUCUUCGGCGAUGGUGACCUUGUACACGUACGUGCCCUCCCCGCCAGCCGCAACGCCGCGCCGCUGAGAACCAUCCUCGCCGCGCCGCCGCACGGACGUGGCCUUCCCGCCGGCCGCAACGCUGCGCUACCGCGGGACCCGCGGGAUCCAUCCUCGCCGUGCGGCGGAAGCCCAUCCGCGCGGACGCGCCCUCCCUGCCGACCGCAACGCUGCGCCGGCCGCACCGCCGCCGUGAAGAGCGCUGCCGCGGAGCCUCACGUGGAGAGCGCAGCCGCCGCCUCGGAGCCGCCGUGGAGAGCGCCAUCGCCGCCCCCAUGGAGCCUCGCGUGGGCGCCUUGCUCGCGCACCGCCACGGAGAGGGCUGCCGUGGACCUCGCUUGGCCGCUGGCAGGGUGCUCGCGAGGACGACGCCGACUCGCCGUGGACCACGCCGUCGGCAAGGAGCUUGCGCAGACUGGUGGGGUGCUCGCGAGGCCGCCGUGGACUCGCACGGCCGACGCCGAGAGCUCGCGUGGCCGCCACUGCACCACGGACCUCGCACGGCCUCCGUCGGGGAGCUCACUCCGCCGUAGAGCUUCGCUUGCGGCCGCCGAUGGGAGCCUGCGUGACCGAGCCACAGGGGCAUCCGCCCGCACGGGAUCUGGAUGA